UCUUAAUCCCCCUUCCAAAAGUUUGAUUUUUCUCAGUUCUCAAAGCAAAGCCCAAACAAACUAAGUCUUUAUUUUUCUCUCUGAAUUCUUACUUUUCCGGGAAAAUGUCGGCGGGCCUUGGGAAAUGCAGCAAAAUCCGCCACAUUGUGAGGCUUCGACAAAUGCUACGGCGGUGGAGGAACAAGGCUCGCAUGUCAGCCAGCCGCAUCCCAUCCGAUGUUCCGGCGGGACACGUGGCGGUCCGUGUGGGGAGAAGUUGCAGGAGAUUCGUGGUGCGCGCGACGUAUCUAAACCAUCCUGUUUUCAAGAAACUCCUUAUCCAAGCCGAAGAAGAGUACGGGUUCACUAACCAAGGACCAUUGGCGAUACCCUGCGACGAGUCCGUUUUCGAAGAAGUGAUCCAGUUUAUUUCCCGAUCCGAGUCGGGUCACUCCGGUGGGUUCGUGAACAUCGAGGACUUUAAAGGGAACUGCCACGUGGGAAUGAGGAGUAAGCUUGAUUUGUGGAACGAAUCUCGACCGUUGCUUCAUGGGUUCGCUGAGAAAACAAUCUGGUAAUUAAAGAAACAGUGGAAAAAGCUUUGAUUCUUACCCGGGGUUUUUUUUGACUCAGUUCCGAGUUAGCUCGAGUGAAACAGUUAAUUAUACACCGCUGAAACCAGUGAAUCGGCCGAGUUGAGGAUGUGGUUACUAAUUCUUGAGUUUUUACCUACCAUAGUAA